AUGGAUCAGUUUCGUGUUCCACAGGAGCAGCUGGAUCAGCUACGCCCCCGCUACUUGUGGAGAGUCCAACAUCCUGGUUGUCAAACCGAAUAUAUUGAAGGGCAAGGGCUCUACGCCCAGGACACCGACACGUUUUACAAAGAUGACCAGCGGAAAGAGUUUGGCCAAUCUGUGGAGAACAACCUUAGUUGGCAUAGCAGAGUUGUUCAGCCUUACAUUGCGCUCUUCUCCGAGCAGGACCACGCGGUGAACUGGAUCUAUAAGUUGUGGUCGAAUCAAGACUUCGAGGAGGAGGCGAUUAUUGGAUGGACCCUCUUUAAAAUAGAUUCUCGAGAGCUGGAGGACGUCUACGUGUUUAAAUUUAGCACGGUCGUCAAGAAGUUGGGUCUGCGCAACUUCCCUCGAGCGGCAGGGAAUCAGGUUUCAAAUUGCUAUAUCGCUUUGCAUAGCAUUCCAGACUCUGCCAUAGAAGAAAUUAUAGAAGCUGCAGUUAUUAUCCGCCCACCUCCACCUGGUCCUCAUGAUAUCUCCAGCGACGACAUGACUCCUUCCCCCUAA